UUUAAUAGUUGUACAAAAAAUCAAUCAAAAACAUUUGUCAUAAUGAUACCGGUAUAUCAUCCAUAUAGAAAUGGGCAAUUUUUCAGAAUUCAUCAAAGGCUGGUUUAUAGUGAUAUUAGUGGUAUCUUUUACUGCUAAUGGUAUUCUUCUGAUUGGAAUAUUUGCAUAUUCAGGCAAUAAUUCUGGCGACCUGGAUCUUGAAACUAGGGAUAUGAUUAUCAUGGGGAAGGGUUCAUUCAAUUUUGAGCCGCCUAAAAAUGUGAAGGAACAACAUGAGAACAGAAGACGAGAUCCAAGAAAGAAAAAAAUAACGAGUGAGGCGAAUGUGGAUGAUUUUGAUAAGAAACUUGCCGAAAGGGCACUCAACAGAUUUGGUGAUGUUCAUGGAAAAAAUGGUGCAAAAUAUAAGCAUAGGGAUGUGUAUGAAACAGGAGUGGAAAAUUCAGAUGACAAUUUCAAUGCUUAUGUAAAGAAUCUUCCAGACCAUAAUAACAUACAGAAAGAAAAUGCAAUGGAUGUAACUGUUCCGGUCAAGGUUGACAACAAUAAAAUAAUAAGCAAUGGCCAUGAACAACCUGAAGCUAAAAUUGUUAAGCUUUACAAAAGUGGUCGAAAAGAAAAGAAGAAAAAUGCUCAUAAAGAUAGAGGUGAUUUCCAUCAACACCCUAAAAGAGUAUCUGAUAUUGAUGAACAUAAGAAAGAAAAUGUUGCACAUGCAGACCAUAUCAGACGAAAUCCAGUGUUCAUAACAGACAAGCGGACAUACAAUGAUAGCAGAAUGGAUAAAAAAGCUUUAAAAGAUGUUCAAAAUAUGAAUUUACCAAACAAGAGUGAUAUGGAUAAAACAGAGAACAUAGUUACUCCUGUGAAUACUGAGCUUUUUAUAACUAUGGAACCGAAAGGUCAACUUUGUAACCAGCUAUUUCAAGUAGCUAGUCUCAUAGGAAUUGCCAAACUUCAUAACUACACAGCCUUCUUACCCAUGUACGGCUUUAACGUAAAUGAGGCCUUUCUUUUGCCAAGAAAUUUUUACAGAAAUAUGAGCCUAGCAACAUUCAAGAGAGUGUCCAUGAAAGAUCCUCAGUACCCUAACGUUGAGACCACAAAGUACAAAUAUCCUGAAGCCCUUGACAAAAGGGCCAACUGGAUACUGGAUGGUUACUUCCAGAGCUAUAAAUAUUUCUGGAACGCGAGACAGGAGUUGAGAGACAUGUUUAAGCUGAAGAAGCGGCACAUAAAACAGGCAUCCUUGUUUGUUGGUCAGGUGUCGAAGGAGCAUAAGAAGGUUGGAGUUCAUGUGAGAAGAGGGGACUUUCUAAGUAUGGCGCAGAAGAGGCUAGGACGCGUAACUGCCACACCUCAAUACAUUGAGGCUGCUAUGAAUUACUACAUGAUCAAAUUUGGCGGGAAGGUGACAUUCUUUGUGAUCUCAGAUGACAUCGAAUGGUGCAAAGACAACAUCAUGAAGAAGAAUGUGAUAUACAGUGAAUUCCGUGAGCCGGGACAGGACCUGGCCAUUAUGGCCCAAUGUGAUCACUCAAUUAUCACAGUGGGCACGUUUAGCUGGUGGGCUGGCUGGCUUACAGGGGGGAUUGUGGUUUACUAUGACGGGUACCCAAAACGAGGCAGUGAACUCAAUGAUGUGUUUGUAAAGGAGGACUAUUACCCGAAAGAAUGGAUUGGUAUGAUCAGCUAAAAUAAGUUCAGGAGACAGCCCUUACUGAUGAUGGCAAAACUUGUGGCCCAAUCCCUUUCGUGCUUGAUUGUGUAAUAUUGGUUUCAAAUAUUGUUUAAAAGUUGGCAUUGAUAUUUUCUUUGUAAUAUUUGUUUUCAUGCAAUAAAACAUUAUCAAAACAGACUAAAAACAGACAAAAAUCAGUGCUGGACAAGAUUAAACUUUUUUUGAUAUCUCUUAUGCAAUUAAUGAGUUUAAACUUUUAUGAAUUAUUUUUUUAAAUUAUAUGUACUUAUAUCUGUUGUGUAUAAAAGAU